AACUUUUAUACCUACUAUGUCAGUGUCAGAUGUUUAUUAGGUCCAUUUAUUCCGAAAAUGGCGAGUUUAAUAAAAAAAGCUAUUAUUUCUAACCCUUAUUCUGUUAGGAAGACCCUUGGCAUUUUUUGCAACGCUACCCGAAACCAUUGGAACUUCCAAUACAAGCCUGGUCCAUAUCCCAAGACCCCAGCGGAACGUGAAGCUGCUGCUGCUAAAUAUGGGUUGAGUGUUGAGGAAUACCAACCAUACCCUGAAAGUAUGGGUUAUGGAGAUUAUCCGAAGUUGCCUGAAAUCGGAGAGGACUCCAAGGAUCCUCACUAUCCUUACGACAACCCUGAGCUGAAGAGGAACUUCAAUGAACCUAUACACGCUAGGAUGGAAAUAUUUGGAGGUGAUCGCUACGACCCUUCAAUGAAAAGAAGGUUUUCAUUGCUGCACCAGUGGACCUGGUUUUUGGGUGUAGUCGGUGGGUCUGCAGCACUGUUCUUCUACCUUGAAAACUUUAAAUUUGGAAGGCCAGUCACUGUAAAACAAUUGCCAAGUAACGGACCUCAUUAUUCAUUUGGUGGCAAAUAGGACAAUUGGAAUUUUUGUUCAGUUGAGAGCUAAAAAUUGCAAUUUAGUAUAUUAUUGUUUGUUAGUUUCAUUAAAACAUCUGGAUUUUAUUUAUA